CCGAUUGUUGCCAACUCUUUACACCGUACUCCAAUCCAGUUCUUCAGGACCUCGUCAUCAUGAAAGGUUUCACUAAUAGCGCCGGAUGUCUCGCGUUCUUGGCCGCAUUUAUCAGCGAGACUGUAGCUCUGCCGGUCCAAGACGCGCCGCUGAGAGUUGAGUGGCGAUCCCUGUCAAGUGCCGCCAAAGCAGACUACAUCAGCGCAGUAAAGUGCUUGGAUGGCUUGCCGUCAAAGAUUGGUCUUGAGACGUCGCGUUACAAUGACUUUCCCUAUGUCCACGCUCAGCUCAACAACGAAAUUCACUUUGUCGCUCAAUUUCUCCCCUGGCAUCGGUACUUCGUACAUAUCUAUGAGACAGCACUGAGAGAUGAGUGCAAGUACACAGGCCCGAUGACCUACUGGGACUGGACCCUCGACUCAGAGGACAUGUCCAAGAGUCCCGUCUUCUCCAACGACACGACCACCGGAUUUGGAGGAAACGGCCUGAACGGCGGCUGGGUGCCGCCGACGCGACCGAACCCGUUGACCAUGUGCGUAAUUGACGGCGCUUUCGCCAACUUUGCUGUCUCGUACUACACAACGACAGCGCUCUCGCAUUGUCUGAACCGCGGUUUCAACGACGGCAUCGGGGUCAAUGCCGGCCCCUACGAAGGCGGCUUAUACUCACUCGAAAAGAUCUCGGGAAUUAUCGAGACUUCUGGCAACUUUUCAACGUUCGCGACUGCGCUGGAAAACGGGCCCCAUGGUGCGAUUCACUCAGCUGUAGGAGGAGACUUGUUCCCUUCGACAUCUCCAAACGAUCCCUUAUUCUUCCUGCACCAUGUGCAAAUUGACAGACUUUGGUGGCUCUGGCAGCAGGCUGAUCUAACAAGCCGAGCUUUGGAUUUUUCGGGACAGAGGAACCUGCCCUCCGGCGAAGCUGACACCCGGCCAGCGUCUCUGAACGACACGCUACCAACCCUUGGCUUGGCGGUCGAUAUUCCCAUUCAACAAGUCAUGUCAACAACGACAGACUUGCUGUAUUACAAGUACUGAAUCAAACAUGCACCUAACUUGCCACCUUAGAGAUAGAUAGUCGCUCCAGCUGAACUUGUUCCGGCAUCGAUUAGCGCCUGUGGGAUUCCUAGCUCUUCUCCAAGCGCCUACGCAGGAUUCUUUGCCAACGUAAUAUGCAAGCAUGGGGGUUCUCAUUCUCCGAGAAAAAAAAUAGAAGAAGACAAAUUCACCAGAUGCCUGUUCCUUCUGCAUUGCCUAAAUGCCAUGUCAGCAGUCUGACUCGCUCAAGUUUGUCUGCGCGUCGC